CAAGAGGCUGGGAAGUUACGCUGUGCUCGAUAGAAACUCACAAGUUUCUGCAUGGGUGUUGCGUGUGCAGAGAGACUAUAAUUGCAUAUACAUACAUCGCAAUGCGUUCUGUGGCUCGUAAUCGUUUGUAGCUAAUUGUUUUUGUAUAUAGUCUCCGUUUAGUAAAAAAGAUUGGAAUUAUCAAACAUUCAUGGACAUGUCCGCGCCUGCCCACAAAAACGAUGAUUCUCCGUCGUUCGCAACAGGAUACGCGAUGGAUUCAGAGAUGUUUCCUCAUCCGACUCUGUCUCCGCUUGCCCAUCCGCCGAUUUCUUCAACUAUGCCUGCGGCAUGUCGGUCUCCGUGUCCGUCGUCCCCGCCAACUAUAUCGAUGUAUCAAUCUUUGCCGCCUAUGUCCGAGUCCAUCAAAGGCAGUGGCAUUCAUCAGCCGUUGUCAUACGCCGACUGGAAUGCGCCUUCGGGUCCGAGUCAUUUUUCACAUGUGCCCCCCCUACACACGGGCGAGACAGAGCCCGGCUAUUCUCCGAUUUACGCCCAUAGUUCUCAACCGCCUCAGGGUCCGGUUGGAUGGCCGGUUGUGUCAGAUACGAGCGAGGCGGAAGCCGACCUUUCGGGUCAUUGGGUAACCGUGUUUGGCUUUCCGCCUUCUCACACAUCGAUUAUUUUGGCCUAUUUCCAGUGCUGUGGCCAGAUAGUGCGCUUCAAGAACUCGGAGAAUCAGGGCAACUGGAUUCACAUCCUCUUUCAGACUCGCCUUCAGGCAGAAAAGGCACUGGGGAAAAACGGAAAAAUUUUGGAUUCUGGAAACUUGAUGAUCGGGGUUUUGCCUAUUUCAGACAGAGAUUUGAAGGCGCUUGUCGAUGAACAAGACCAGAAAAUCAUAGGCAAGGGCAAGACCGCCUCUGCUUAUGCGCCCAUGGCAUCGGAGUAUGCCGUAGAGACGGUGGAUUCCAAGCCGACUCAGAAGUCUUCAUAUUGGAAUCGGUUUAUGGAGCUCAUCGUGGGAUAUUGAGAGGGAGCGGGUUGGCGCGUUUUGGUAGUUUGCGCGGCCGUCGACGUAACGAUUAAAAAAAAAGAAAAAGAAAAAAAGUA